GGCACAAAAGGGAACCCAACGGAGGCUCCAACGGCGGCGACAUCCUCGAAUCGUUUGGCGCCAUAUUUUCUGGGACCAAUCGGAGUCGUUCACAUCGUAUUUACGUGACUGUGCUUGUGUGUGCGUGCGGGAUUUGGUCCUGUUUGUUUGUGUAAUUUCGCGCGCUUUUGUGUCGUCCUCCAUCCGGACAUCUUAUCCCAACGGGUCGGAAAACCGGGCUCAAAAAGAGAAAAGGAUUUAAAAGGCGUGAGAUUUGCGGCCAACUGCUGGACGAUUGCCAGCGGACUGAAAUCUUAAUUAGCCAUUUAAUGGCAUUUGGCAGACAACAAAGGCCCAUGCCUUCUAAGCCACUGAAGACGUCCUUGCAAUUCGAAUAAGAACUGCUGCCAAGCAAGUGAAGCUGAGACUUAUGGCUAAAGCCGUUUUGAUGGGCGUUUGUGGCCCACACAUGUGCAAUUAAUAAAAACAUCUUGCACGGAAAGUUUUCCCCAGUCUAAUUACAGCUAUUUUUCCGGCAACAAGAGCAGCAACAGCAGAAGCAGGAGCAGGAACUGUGUAGCAUAACCAAAAGCCGAUCAGGAGACCAUUCAGCUUUGAGUGUUUUAUGGACCCAGGAGUGACGGCAACAAGCAACUAGCAACGAGCCAUAACAACAUCGACAUCAGCUUAGGGGCAAGCAGGAAGUAUCAACACGAGCUGAGGAAACAAAGCAAUCUAUAAAGAUGGCCGGCGGGGGCAGGACAGCCGGCAAAUACGGUUAUUCGGACAACAAUUAUUACAGUAGUCACUCGUACAAGAGCAUCAACGAUGAGAUUAUCCUGGUCAGCAUCAUCAUGGGGAUUACCAUACUGGUUCUUAUUACCAUCGCCCUGUGCUACAUUGCGUAUGAGAAAUGCCAGAAGAAGCGGGAAUAUUACAUCAACGCCUAAGGGUUUUCCGGACCGUAUCCGUUCUUUUAUUCCGUUAUUUCGCGUUCUUUGUUUCCCAUCUGCAGCGGUGGCCCUCUGCAAGGCUAAAUGUCAACACGGUCUGCGACAAUGUUGACGUUGACGAUUUAGUUGGCCAACAAAAAUAGCCCGGAGUGGCUGCAUCCGCCCCACACACCCCACUUACACAUCCGACGCACAUACAAGGGCACGUACACAAAUCGGAAGGCAGAGGAGGAAUUGGUGCUGUUUAAACGAUUCUCCAUUUUUCUGUUGGUUCACCCACAAGCUGCUGCUGCACUUGCAGCACUUUCUCAAGUGAC